AUGGACAUGGACGUGGACGUGGACGUGGACAUGGAUGUUGACAUGGACGUGGACGUGGACGUGGACGUGGACAUGGACGUGGACGUGGACGUGGACGUGGACGUGGAUAUGGACGUGGACAUGGACGUGGACAUAGACGUGGACGUGGACAUGGACGUGGACGUGGACAGGGACGUGGACGCGGACGUCGACAUGGACAUGGACGUGGACGUCGACGUGGACAUGGACGUAGACAUGGACGUGGACGUGGACGUUGACGUGGACGUGGUCGUGGACGUGGACGUGGACGUGGACAUGGAUGUGGACGUGGACGUGGACAUGGACGUGGACGUGGACGUGGAUAUGGACGUGGACAUGGACGUGGACAUGGACGUGGACGUGGACAUGGAUGGGACGUGGACAGGGACUGGACAUGGCUGGGACGUGGACAUGGACGUGGACGUGGACAUAGACGUGGACGUGUACGUGGACGUGGACGUGGACAUGGACGUGGACAUGGACGUGGACGUGGACGUGGACAUGGACGUGGACGUGGACGUGGACGUGGACAUGGACGUGGACGUGGACGUGGACGUGGACGUGGACAUGCACGUGGACGUGGACGUGGACGUGGACAUGGACCUGGACGUGGACGUGGAUGUGGACGUGGACAUGGACGUGGACCUGGACAUGGACGUGGACGUGGACAUAGACGUGGACAUGGACGUGGACGUGGACGUGGACAUUGUCGUGGACGUAGACAUUGUCUUCGACGUGGACGUGGACGUGGACGUCGACGUGGACGUGGUCGUGGACGUCAACGUGGACGAAGUGGUCGUGGACGUGGACGUGGACAUGGACGUGGACCUGGACGUGGACGUCGACAUGGACGUGGACAUGGACGUGGACAUGGAGGUGGAUGUGGACGUGGACAUACACGUGGACGUGGACGUGGACAUGGACGUGGACAUGGACGUGGACGUGAACGUGGACAUGGACGUGGACGUGGACGUGGACGACUUGGACGUGGACAUGGACGUGGACGUGGACGUGGACGUGGACGUGGACAUGGACGUGGACGUGGACGUGGAUAUGGACGUAGACAUGGAUGUGGACAUGGACGUGGACGUGGACAUGGACGUGGACGUGGACAGGGACGUGGACGUGGAUGUCGACAUGGACGUGGACGUGGACGUGAACGUGGACGUGGACGUGGACGUGGACGUGUACGUGGACGUGGACGUGGACGUGGACGUGGACGUGGACGUGGACAUGGACGUGGACGUGGACAUGGACGUAGACGUGGACGUGGACGUCGACAUGGACGUGGACGUGGACGUGGACGUGGACGUGGACAUGGACGUGGACGUGGACGUGGACGUGGACGUGGACGUGGACAUGGACGUAGACGUGGACGUGGACGUGGACGUGGACAUAGACGUGGAUGUGGACGUGGACGUGGACGUGGACAUGGACGUGGACGUGGACAUGGACGUGGACGUGGACGUGGACAUGCACGUGGACGUGGACAUGGACGUGGACGUGGACCUGGACGUGGACGUGGAUGUGGACGUGGACAUGGACGUGGCCCUGGACAUGGACGUGGACGUGGACAUAGACGUGGACAUGGAUGUGGACGUGGACGUGGACAUUGUCGUGGACGUAGACAUUGUCUUGGACGUAAACGUGGACGUGGACGUGGACAUGGACAUGGACGUAGACAUUGUCUUGGACGUCGACGUGGACGAAGUGGUCGUGGACGUGGACGUGGACAUGGACAUGGACCUGGACGUGGAUGUGGACAUGGACGUGGACGUGGACGUGGACAUGGAGGUGGAUGUGGACGUGGACAUAGACGUGGACGUGGACGUGGACAUGGACGUGGACAUGGACGUGGACAUGGACGGGGACGUGGACGUGGACGUGGACAUGGACGACAUGGACGUGGACGUGGACGUGGACAUUGUCGUGGACGUGGACGUGGACGUGGACGUGGACGUGAACGUGGACGUGGACGUGGACGUGGACGUGGACGUGGACGACGUGGACCUGGACGUGGACGUGGACGUGGACGUGGAGAUUGACGUGGACAUGGACGUGGACGUGGACGUGGACGUGGACAUGGACGUGGACGUGGACAUGGACAUGGACGUGGAUGUGGACGUGGACGUGGAUGUGAACAUGGACGUGGACGUGGACGUGGACAUGGACGUGAACGUGGACAUGGACGUGGACGUGGACAUGGACGUGGACGACUUGGACGUGGACAUGGACGUGGACGUGGACGUGGACGUGGACAUGGACGUGGACGUGGACGUGGACGUGGAUAUGGACGUGGACAUGGACAUAGACAUGGACGUGGACGUGGACAUGGACGUGGACGUGGACAUGGACGUGGACGUGGACAGGGCCGAAGACGUGGAUGUCGACAUGGACGUGGACGUGGACGUGAACGUGGACGUGGACGUGGACAUGGACGUGGACGUGGACAUGGACGUGGACGUGGACGUGGCCGUGGAUGUGGACGUCGACCUGGACGUGGACGUGGACGUUGGACGUGGCUGGGACGUGGACGUGGACGUGGACGUGGACAUAGACGUGGUUGUGAACGUGGACGUGGACGUGGACAUGGACGUGGACGUGGACGUGGCCAUGGACGUGGACGUGGACGUGGACGUGGACAUGGACGUGGACGUGGACGUGGACGUGGACAUGCACGUGGACGUGGACGUGGACGUGGACGUGGACGUGGACGUGGACCUGGACGUGGACGUGGAUGUGGACGUGGACAUGGACGUGGACCUGGAGAUGGACGUGGACGUGGACAUAGACGUGGACAUGGACGUGGACGUGGACGUGGACAUUGUCGUGGACGUGGACAUUGUCUUGGACGUGGACGUGGACGUGGACGUGGACGUGGACGUGGACGUGGUCGUGGACGUCGACGUGGACGAAGUGGUCGUGGACGUGGACGUGGACAUGGACGUGGACGUGGACAUGGACAUGGAGGUGGAUGUGGACGUGGACAUAGACGUGGACGUGGACGUGGACAUGGACGUAAACAUGGACUUGGACGUGGACGUGGACGUGGACGACAUGGACGUGGACGUGGACGUGGACAUUGUCGUGGACGUGGACGUGGACGUGAACGUGGACGUGGACGUGGACGACGUGGACCUGGACGUGGACGUGGACGUGGACGUGGACGUGGACAUGGACCUGGACGUGGACAUGGACGUGGACAUGGACGUGGACGUGGACGUGGACGUGGACAUGGACGUGGACGUGGUCGUGGUUGUGGACAUGGACGUAGACGUGGACGUGGACGUGGACGUGGUCGUGGACGUGGACGUGGACGUGGACGUGGACGUGGACGUGGUCGUGGACGUGGACGUGGACAUGGACGUGGACGUGGACGUGGACGUGGACGUGGAGGUGGACGUGGAGGUGGACGUGGACGUAGACGUGGAGGUGGACGUGGACGUGGACGUGGACGUGGACGUGGUCGUGGACGUGGACGUGGACGUGGUCGUGGACGUGGACGUGGACGGAGUGGUCGUGGACGUGGACGUGGACAUGGACGUGGACCUGGACGUGGACGUGGACAUGGACGUGGACGUGGACGUGGACAUGGACGUGGACGUGGACGUGGACAUGGACGACAUGGACGUGGACGUGGACGUGGACGUGGACAUUGUCGUGGACGUGGACGUGGACGAGGACGUGGACGUGGACAUUGUCUUGGACGUGGACGUGGACGUGGACGUGGACGUGGACGUGGACGUGGUCGUGGACGUCGACGUGGACGAAGUGGUCGUGGACGUGGACGUGGACAUGGACGUGGACGUCGACAUGGACAUGGAGGUGGAUGUGGACGUGGACAUAGACGUGGACGUGGACGUGGACAUGGACGUAAACAUGGACUUGGACGUGGACGUGGACGUGGACGACAUGGACGUGGACGUGGACGUGGACAUUGUCGUGGACGUGGACGUGGACGUGAACGUGGACGUGGACGUGGACGACGUGGACCUGGACGUGGACGUGGACGUGGACGUGGACGUGGACAUGGACCUGGACGUGGACAUGGACGUGGACAUGGACGUGGACGUGGACGUGGACGUGGACAUGGACGUGGACGUGGUCGUGGUUGUGGACAUGGACGUAGACGUGGACGUGGACGUGGACGUGGUCGUGGACGUGGACGUGGACGUGGACGUGGACGUGGACGUGGUCGUGGACGUGGACGUGGACAUGGACGUGGACGUGGACGUGGACGUGGACGUGGAGGUGGACGUGGAGGUGGACGUGGACGUAGACGUGGAGGUGGACGUGGACGUGGACGUGGACGUGGACGUGGUCGUGGACGUGGACGUGGACGUGGUCGUGGACGUGGACGUGGACGGAGGUGGACGGACGUGGACGUGGACGUGGACAUGGACGUGGACGUGGACAGUGGACGUGGACGUGGACGUGGACGUGGACGUGGACAUGGACGUGGACGUGGACAUGGACGUGGACAUGGACGUGGACGUAGACGUGGACGUGGACGUGGACGUGGACGUGGACAUGGACGUGGACGUGGACGUGGACGUGGACAUGCACGUGGACGUGGACGUGGACGUGGACGUGGACAUGCACGUGGACGUGGACGUGGACCUGGACGUGGACGUGAAUGUGGACGUGGACAUGGACGUGGACGUGGAAGUGGACGUGGACAUAGACGUGGACCUGGACAUGGAAGUGGACGUAGACAUAGACGUAAACAUGGACGUGGACGUGGACGUGGACAUUGUCGUGGACGUAGACAUUGUCUUGGACGUGGACGUGGACGUGGACGUGGACGUGGUCGACUUGGACGUGGACAUGGACGUAGACGUUAACGUGGACGUCGACGUGGACGUGGACGUGGACAUGGACGUGGACGUGGACGUGGACGUGGAUAUGGACAUGGACAUGGACGUGGACAUGGACGUGGACGUGGACAUGGACGUGGACGUGGACAGGGACGUGGACGUGGAUGUCGACAUGGACGUGGACGUGGACGUGAACGUGGACAUGGACGUGGACGUGGACGUGAACGUGGACGUGGACGUUGACGUGUACGUGGACGUGGACCUAGACAUGGAUGUGGACGUGGACGUGGACGUGGACGUGGACAUGGACGUAGACGUGGACGUGGACGUGGACAUGGACGUGGAAGUGGACAUCGACGUGGACGUGGACGUGGACAUGGACGUGGACGUAGACGUGGACGUGGACAUGGACGUGGACGUGGACGUAGACGUGGACAUGCACGUGGACGUGGACGUGGACGUGGACAUGGACCUGGACGUGGACGUGGACGUGGACGUGGACGACGUGGACCUGGACGUGGACGUGGACGUGGACGUGGACGUGGAGAUUGACGUGGACAUGGACGUGGACGUGGACGUGGACGUGGACGUGGACAUGGACGUGGACGUGGACAUGGACGUGGACGUGGACGUGGAUGUGGAUGUGGACAUGGACGUGGACGUGGACGUGGACAUGGACGUAAACGUGGACAUGGACGUGGACGUGGACGUGGACAUGAACGUGGACGUGGACAUGGACAUGGACGUGGACGUGGACGUGGACGUUGAUGUGGACAUGGACGUGGACGUGGACGUGGACAUGGACGUGAACGUGGACAUGGACGUGGACGUGGACGUGGACAUGGACGUGGACGUGGACGACUUGGACGUGGACAUGGACGUGGACGUGGACGUGGACGUGGACAUGGACAUGGACGUGGACGUGGAUAUGGACGUGGACAUGGACAUGGACAUGGACGUGGACGUGGACAUGGACGUGGACGUGGACAGGGCCGUGGACGUGGAUGUCGACAUGGACGUGGACGUGGACGUGAACGUGGACGUGGACGUGGACGUGGACAUGGACGUGGACAUGGACAUGGACGUGGACGUGGACGUGGCCGUGGAUGUGGACGUCGACCUGGACGUGGACGUGGACGUUGGACGUGGCUGGGACGUGGACGUGGACGUGGACGUGGACAUAGACGUGGAUGUGAACGUGGACGUGGACGUGGACAUGGACGUGGACGUGGACGUGGCCAUGGACGUGGCCGUGGACGUGGACGUGGACAUGGACGUGGACGUGGACGUGGACGUGGACGUGGACAUGCACGUGGACGUGGACGUGGACGUGGACGUGGACGUGGACCUGGACGUGGACGUGGAUGUGGACGUGGACAUGGACGUGGACCUGGAGAUGGACGUGGACGUGGACAUAGACGUGGACAUGGACGUGGACGUGGACGUGGACAUUGUCGUGGACGUGGACAUUGUCUUGGACGUGGACGUGGACGUGGACGUGGACGUGGUCGUGGACGUCGACGUGGACGAAGUGGUCGUGGACGUGGACGUGGACAUGGACGUGGACGUGGACGUCGACAUGGAGGUGGAUGUGGACGUGGACAUAGACGUGGACGUGGACGUGGACAUCGACGUAAACAUGGACUUGGACGUGGACGUGGACGUGGACGACAUGGACGUGGACAUGGACGUGGACAUUGUCGUGGACGUGGACGUGGACGUGGACGUGAACGUGGAUGUGGACGUGGACGUGGACGACGUGGACCUGGACGUGGACGUCGACGUGGACGUGGACGUGGACGUGGACAUGGACCUGGACGUGGACAUGGACGUGGACAUGGACGUGGACGUGGACGUGGACGUGGACAUGGACGUGGACGUGGUCGUGGUUGUGGACAUGGACGUAGACGUGGACGUGGACGUGGACGUGGACGUGGUCGUGGACGUGGACGUGGACGUGGACGUGGACGUGGACGUGGACGUGGUCGUGGACGUGGACGUGGACAUGGACGUGGACGUGGACGUGGACGUGGACGUGGACGUGGAGGUGGACGUGGAGGUGGACGUGGACGUGGAGGUGGACGUGGACGUGGACGUGGACGUGGACGUGGUCGUGGACGUGGACGUGAACAUGGACGUGGACGUGGACGUGGACGUGGACAUGGACGUGGACGUGGACAUGGACGUGGACGUGGACGUGGACGUGGACGUGGACAUGGACGUGGACGUGGACGUGGACGUGGACAUGCACGUGGACGUGGACGUGGACGUGGACGUGGACAUGCACGCGGACGUGGACGUGGACGUGGACCUGGACGUGGACGUGGAUGUGGACGUGGAUAUGGACGUGGACGUGGAAGUGGACGUGGACAUAGACGUGGACCUGGACAUGGAAGUGGACGUAGACAUAGACGUAAACAUGGACGUGCACGUGGACGUGGACAUUGUCGUGGACGUAGACAUUGUCUUGGACGUGGACGUGGACGUGGACGUAGACGUGGACGUGGACGUGGUCGUGGACGUCGACGUGGACGAAGUGGUCGUGGACGUGGACGUGGACAUGGACGUGGACCUGGACGUGGACGUGGAUAUGGACGUGGACGUGGACAUGGACGUGGACGUGGACGUGGACAUGGACGACAUGGACGUGGACGUGGACGUGGACGUGGACAUUGUCGUGGACGUGGACGUGGACGAGGACGUGAACGUGGACGUUGACGUGGACGUGGACGUGGACGACGUGGACCUGGACGUGGACGUGGACGUGGACGUGGACGUGGAGAUUGACGUGGACAUGGACGUGGACGACUUGGACGUGGACAUGGACGUGGACGUUAACGUGGACGUGGACGUGGACGUGGACGUGGACGUGGACAUGGACGUUGACGUGGACGUGGACGUGGAUAUGGACGUGGACAUGGACGUGGACAUGGACGUGGACGUGGACAUGGACGUGGACGUGGACAGGGACGUGGACGUGGAUGUCGACAUGGACGUGGACGUGGACGUGAACGUGGACGUGGACGUGAACGUGGACGUGGACGUGGACAUGGACGUGGACGUGGACGUGGACGUGGAUAUGGACGUGGACAUGGACGUGGACAUGGACGUGGACGUGGACAUGGACGUGGACGUGGACAGGGACGUGGACGUGGAUGUCGACAUGGACGUGGACGUGGACGUGAACGUGGACGUGGACGUGAACGUGGACGUGGACGUGGACGUGGACGUGGACAUGGACGUGGACGUGGACAUAGACGUGGACGUGGACGUGGACGUGGCCGUGGCCGUGGACGUCGACAUGGACGUGGACGUGGACGUGUACGUGGACGUGGACAUGGACAUGGAUGUGGACGUGGACGUGGACGUGGACGUGGACAUGGACGUAGACGUGGACGUGGACGUGGACAUGGACGUGGAAGUGGACAUGGACGUGGACGUGGACGUGGACAUGGACGUGGACGUAGACGUGGACGUGGACAUGGACGUGGACAUGGACGUGGACGUAGACGUGGACAUGCACGUGGACGUGGACGUAGACGUGGACGUGGACAUGGACCUGGACGUGGACGUGGACGUGGACGUGGACGUGGACAUGGACGUGGACCUGGACAUGGACGUGGACGUGGACAUAGACGUGGACAUGGACGUGGACGUGGACGUGGACAUUGUCGUGGACGUGGACAUUGUCUUGGACGUGGACGUGGACGUGGACGUGGUCAUGGACGUCGACGUGGACGAAGUGGUCGUGGACGUGGACGUGGACGUGGACAUGGACGUGGACGUGGACGUGGACGUGGACGUCGACGUCACAUGGACGUGGACGUGGACAUUGGACAUGGACGUGGACAUGGACGUGGACAUGGACGUGGACGUGGACGUGGACGUGGACAUGGACGUGGACAUGGACGUGGACGUAGACGUGGACAUGGACGUGGGCGUGGACGUGGACGUGGACAUGGACGUGGACGUGGACGUGGACGUGGACAUGCAUGUGGACGUGGACGUGGACGUGGACCUGGACGUGGACGUGGAUGUGGACGUGGACAUUGACGUGGACCUGGACAUGGAAGUGGACGUGGACAUAGACGUGGACAUGGACGUGGACGUGGACGUGGACAUUGUCGUGGACGUAGACAUUGUCUUGGACGUGGAAGUGGACGUGGACGUGGUCAUGGACGUGGACCUUGACGUGGACGUGGACAUGGACGUGGACGUGGACGUGGACAUGGACGUGGACGUGGACGUGGACAUGGACGACAUGGACGUGGACGUGGACGUGGACGUGGACAUUGUCGUGGACGUGGACGUGGACGAGGACGUGAAUGUGGACAUUGACGUGGACGUGGACGUGGACGACGUGGACCUGGACGUGGACGUGGACGUGGACGUGGACGUGGAGAUUGACGUGGACAUGGACGUGGACGUGGACGUGGACAUGGGCGUGGACGUGGACGUGGACGUGGACAUGGACGUGGACGUGGACGUGGACAUGGACGUGAACGUGGACAUGGACGUGGACGAAUUGGUCGUGGACGUGGACGUGGACAUGGACGUGGACCAGGACGUGGACGUGGACAUGGACGUGGACGUGGACAUGGACGUGGACGUGGACGUGGACGUGGACAUGGACGUGGACGUGGACGUGGACGUGGAUAUGGACGUGGACAUGGACGUGGACAUGGACGUGGACGUGGACAUGGACGUGGACGUGGACAGGGACGUGGACGUGGAUGUCGACAUGGACGUGGACGUGGACGUGAACGUGGACGUGGACGUGAACGUGGACGUGGACGUGGACGUGGACGUGGACAUGGACGUGGACGUGGACAUAGACGUGGACGUGGACGUGGACGUGGCCGUGGCCGUGGACGUCAACAUGGACGUGGACGUGGACGUUGGACGUGGCUGGGACGUGGACGUGGACGUGGACGUGGACGUGGACAUGGACGUGGACGUAGACGUGGACGUGGACAUGGACGUGGACAUGGACGUGGACGUAGACGUGGACAUGCACGUGGACGUAGACGUGGACGUGGACAUGGACCUGGACGUGGACGUGGACGUGGACGUGGACGUGGACAUGGACGUGGACCUGGACAUGGACGUGGACGUGGACAUAGACGUGGACAUGGACGUGGACGUGGACGUGGACAUUGUCGUGGACGUGGACAUUGUCUUGGACGUGGACGUGGACGUGGACGUGGUCAUGGACGUCGACGUGGACGAAGUGGUCGUGGACGUGGACGUGGACGUGGACAUGGACGUGGACGUGGACGUGGACGUGGACGUCGACGUCACAUGGACGUGGACGUGGACAUUGGACAUGGACGUGGACGUGGACAUGGACGUGGACGUGGACGUGGACGUGGACGUGGACGUGGACAUGGACGUGGACAUGGACGUGGACGUAGACGUGGACAUGGACGUGGGCGUGGACGUGGACGUGGACAUGGACGUGGACGUGGACGUGGACGUGGACAUGCAUGUGGACGUGGACGUGGACGUGGACCUGGACGUGGACGUGGAUGUGGACGUGGACAUUGACGUGGACCUGGACAUGGAAGUGGACGUGGACAUAGACGUGGACAUGGACGUGGACGUGGACGUGGACAUUGUCGUGGACGUAGACAUUGUCUUGGACGUGGAAGUGGACGUAGACGUGGUCAUGGACGUGGACCUGGACGUGGACGUGGACAUGGACGUGGACGUGGACGUGGACAUGGACGUGGACGUGGACGUGGACAUGGACGACAUGGACGUGGACGUGGACGUGGACGUGGACAUUGUCGUGGACGUGGACGUGGACGAGGACGUGAAUGUGGACAUUGACGUGGACGUGGACGUGGACGACGUGGACCUGGACGUGGACGUGGACGUGGACGUGGACGUGGAGAUUGACGUGGACAUGGACGUGGACGUGGACGUGGACAUGGACGUGGACGUGGACGUGGACAUGGACGUGGACGUGGACGUGGACAUGGACGUGAACGUGGACAUGGACGUGGACGAAUUGGUCGUGGACGUGGACGUGGACAUGGACGUGGACCAGGACGUGGACGUGGACAUGGACGUGGACGUGGACAUGGACGUGGACGUGGACGUGGACAUGGACGACAUGGACGUGGACGUGGACGUGGACGUGGACAUUGUCGUGGACGUGGAUGUGGACGAGGACGUGAAUGUGGACGUUGACGUGGACGUGGACGUGGACGACGUGGACCUGGACGUGGACGUGGACGUGGACGUGGACGUGGACGUGGAGAUUGACGUGGACAUGGACGUGGACGUGGACGUGGACGUGGACAUGGACGUGGACGUGGACGUGGACGUGGACAUGGACGUGGACGUGGACGUGGACAUGGACGUGAACGUUGACAUGGACGUGGACGUGGACGUGGACAUGGACGUGGACGUGGACGUGGAUGUGGGGACAUGGACGUGA